AUGGUUAGCUAUUAUCACAAUGAAAAUUAUCCGAACGUCGUGGAGUUACCUUAUCCGAAAACCCAUGAAAAGUUCUUGCCGACGUACGUCAUCAACAUUUGGGAUAAGAAAGCUCGAAACUCCAAGCAGAUGGAUGUGCAGUUGAGAGACAGCACGUAA